AUGUCUUCAAUAUGUUUCUCAGAAUCUCAGAAUUUGAUGUACAAUGACAGACUAGAAAUUUAUAUAUUUCUAUUUCCAAAUGUUUCUCAAUAUCUUCAGGUGAAGUUUCACCAUGACACUUUCAAUAGUUCUAUGGAGUUUACACCUGCAACAUUCACUCUUGUUGGCAUCCCAGGGCUGAAGGCAGAACACACAUGGAUAUCCAUCCCCUUCUGCCUGAUGUACACUAUCAUCUUCUUGGGAAAUGGCAUCAUCCUUCAUGUCAUCCGGAUUGACUCAGCCUUGCACCAACCCAUGUACUACUUCCUAGCCAUGCUGGCUUUGGUUGAACUUGGCGUCUCUGCUUCCACUAUGCCCACUGUGAUAAGCAUCUUUCUCUUUGGCAUUACUGAUAUUAGUUUUGGAGGUUGCCUGCUCCAGAUGUGUUCUAUGCAUUCUUUUACCCUCAUGGAGUCAGAUGUCCUUCUGGCAAUGUCUGUGGAUCGCUUUGUGGCCAUCUAUAGCCCACUGCGCUACACAACCAUCCUAACUGUUCCCCGCAUCAUAGGAAUAGGUGCUGCCAUUGCCUUACGAAGUGUGACAUUUAUGCUCCCUCUGCUCUUUCUCCUGAAGCGCCUGCCUUUCUGCGGCCACAACACCCUCACACACUCUUAUUGCCUCCACUCAGAUCUGAUCAAAUUGCCCUGUGGAGAUACUCGUCCCAAUAGCAUCCUGGGUCUAUUUGUCAUAACCUCCACCUUUGGCCUGGACUCAUUGCUCAUUGUGGUUUCUUAUGCACUGAUUCUUCACACAGUAUUGGGAAUAGCUUCUGGAGCAGGGCGGUGGCGGGCACUCAACACAUGUGUGUCACACAUCUGUGCUGUGCUUGUGUACUAUGUGCCCAUGAUCAGCCUUUCUUUGAUGCACCGCUUUGGAAAAAAUUUACCUCCACUCCUCCAGACUGCCAUGGCCAAUGCUUACCUCUUCUUCCCACCUGUAGUCAACCCCAUUGUCUACAGCAUCAAAACCAAGGAAAUUCGCAAUAGCAUUGUUCGUACACUACUCAGAAAGAGAAGUGAUAUCUAA